AUGAGGAUGCAGCAGGACAGGGAAGCAUACCGUUUCCUUGUGCGUGAAGCUGACCCAAUGGCAGCUGACAACAAAGGAGUCAUGAGCACAAAGCCAGUAAAGGCAAGACCGGGAGAACCUUACCGUCCCUCUGAGUGCUGUUUCGCCUUUGUUACCCACCCUAUCCCGCGAGUCCGGAUUUCACAUUAUUAUGAGACCAGCAGCCAGUGCGCCAUGCCUGGAGUUAUCUUCACCACCAAAAGGAAUCAUUCUUUUUGUGCCAACCCUAAUGAUGACUGGGUCCAGGACUAUAUCAAGGACCUGAAGAAAAACUUAAAAAGAUGCCAAGGUCCAGCCCUCCACAGGCUAUUCAGAGGCUCCACCAGCCCCCAAAGUGGUCAAAGUCCUGUGAACUUGGCGGCUGGAGAACAGAUGACCAGCGGCAAGAAGGACGCUCAGCUCUCCCCUGGAGCUGUCUGA